CCCUAGCUCUGCUGUGUUUGCCCUGUGAGGCGGGGACCUCUGUGGUUUUUUAAGACAGCAGCAAUAACCACUCCUUCUGCAGAGACGGCAGCCCCAGCCUCAGACCAGGAACACAAGCCGAGAGCUCCCAGCGAGGACAGAGCCGAGACCGCUGAAGGACCCGCGGUAACUUGUGCAUCACCGUUAAACCAUGAAUUAUCCAGGAUAUCCCCCGAUGAGCGGCUUCCCCCCUGUUCCGACCGGUAAUAACCCGUGGGGGGCUCCAGGGAACCCACCGCCAAUUGGCCUGGACGUGGCGGGCUUCGCCCAGCAGUUCAACGCCCAGCAGUUCACGCCUGGGCCAACUUUCCCGGCUGGAUUCGGAGGGAUGAACCCGCAACAAGGAAUGUAUCCACCAGGUGGCAGUGGUGGGUAUCCACCGGGUGGCAGUGGUGGGUAUCCACCCGGUGGCAGUGGUGGGUAUCCACCGGGUGGCAGUGGUGGGUAUCCACCUGUCGGGGGUGGAUAUGGAGCCCCACAACAGCCUGGGCAGCCUCAAGGCACUCCCUACGGAAUGUACCCUCCUCCAGGUGGAGGCCAACAACAAGGAAUGCCGGGAUAUAACCCUGGAUACCCAGGAGCCCCACUACCAGGUCAACCCAUGCCGACUCCUGGUCAACCACCCAUGCCGACUCCUGGUCAACCACCCAUGCCAAUGCCUGGACAGCCUCCGAUGAACUAUCCAGGCCAGCAACCCAUGCCAAACUAUCCUCCAGGCCAAGCAGUGAACCCUUCCAUGCCAUCCUACCCAACUCCAGGGGCACCGCCUUCAGGGAUGCCUACCAUUCCUCCAGUGAUGGUUGGCAAAAGGGGUACGAUUGUAGAUGCGCCAAACUUUGAUCCACUAAGAGACGCGGAAGUACUGAGGAAAGCGAUGAAAGGAUUUGGAACGGAUGAACAAGCUAUUAUCGAAUGUCUGGGCAGCCGCUCCAGCAAACAGAGGCAACAAAUCAGCCUGUCCUUCAAAACCGCCUAUGGAAAGGACUUAAUCAAGGAUUUAAAGUCUGAACUGUCCGGAAACUUUGAGAAGACAAUCCUUGCGAUGAUGAAACCACCAUGUUUAUACGAUGUUCAUGAAAUCAAUGACGCCAUUAAGGGAGCUGGCACAGAUGAAGAAUGUCUCAUUGAGAUCUUGGCCUCUCGAACCAACGCAGAAAUACAAGAAAUAAACCGAUUGUUCAAAACAGAGUUUAAGAAGACCUUGGAGCAAGCGAUUAAGAGCGAUACCUCUGGACACUUCCAAAGGCUGUUGAUUUCUCUGUCUCAGGGAAACCGGGAUGAGAGCACCAACGUGGACAUGAGCCUCGUUCAACGUGAUGUACAGGAGCUGUACGCGGCUGGAGAAAACCGCCUGGGGACAGAUGAAUCCAAAUUCAACGCCAUUCUGUGCUCCCGCAGCAGGACCCAUCUUCAUGCAGUGUUUUCUGAAUACCAGAGAAUUUGCAAACGGGACCUCGAGAAAAGCAUCUGUCGGGAAAUGUCCGGCGACUUGGAGAGAGGAAUGCUUGCCGUGGUAAAGUGCCUUAAAAACACUCCCGCGUUCUUCGCCGAGCGUCUCCACAAAGCAAUGAAGGGCGCCGGGACAAAAGACAAGACUCUUAUCCGCAUCAUGGUGUCCCGCAGUGAGGUGGACCUGCUGGACAUCCGCUUGGAGUACAAGAGGCUCUAUGGCAAAUCCCUGUACACGGACAUCACGGGGGACACGUCCGGAGACUACAGGAAAACUCUGCUGAAGCUCUGUGGAGGAAAUGACUAAACGUAGUCACGCCAGUUGGGCCGCCAUCUUUUUCGAUGGCCACCAAAUUUUCUUACCUGCGUUUUUUUUUUCUCGGUGCAAUAUCUCUUUUUAAUGUUAGGUUUGGGAAGUAGAUAGGCUUUGUAUAUACACAAAAAAACACUCUCAUGCGCACCUGUUCUCAAGUACAAUUUCUUUUACAUCGUUAUGAAUGUUAUGCCUGUUUUUUGUUUAAUUUUUUCCAUUUUUUUUUAUUUUUAAAGACGUGCUACUAACUUUUUAUUAUUGUGAAUGUUACGCAGUCGUUCUGCUGGAUUCUGUUGCCACGAAUGAAAUCACUUCUUUGCUGGAAUAUUUUCUCAACACACAUUUCGUCGGAAAUUAAUAAAUAGUUGU